ACCUGUCCAUGUCUUUUUGGACUUUUCCACACUGGAGGGCAGGCAUCUCAGUGAGUCUGUGGAGCUAUUUGUUCUCAACCUCAUGGAUGCCCAUGCAAACUACACCAACAGAGAAGUAAAGGUCCAGGUCACGGCUACUGGAAGAGUAACUGCAGUUCCCUUCUGGUACAACAUCUACCUCGACCAGGAGAUCAGUGUCAGCACCCUCAGCAACAACUCUCACUGGAAGCAGGCGGCCGCAGUGCUGCAGCAGCCGCUGGAGGUGCAAGCCGGGGACUGGGUCUGCCUCGCUGUGAAGCUACACAAGAGCACCAUCUCCAUAUCAGCCCGUAUAGAGAAUACCCCCUGAUCAAGCAAUAAACUUGUACAGUAGUCUACAACAGUAUUUUCUUUCUUUGUGUCUCAGUGGCAUAAAGGCUAUUGACACACAGGGACAUACUUGAAUACAAAGCAUUCCCUAAAAGAUUGACCUUCUACAGGGUCAUUUUUAAUGUGAUAACACAUUUUUAUAAAUUGGAUCUCUAAUUAGUAGUUACAGUAAGUUGAACCCUGUUAAAAACCACACCUUUUAAAGAACCUGUGCAGUGUUAUCACAAUCACAAAUUUUAAAUUCCAAGCUUUAAAAUUGUGAAAAAUAUCCCAGUACUUUUCAAAUGUGUACUCAUAAGUAUAUCAUAUGGGUGUAUAUAUAGUACGGACAUUACAGUGAAAUCAGUAUUGGCACACUUGCUUUUGUAAAGAU